AUGAGCAGGGUGAAAGGNCGAUUAGUACGAAAGCUUAACAAUCCGAAUCGGACGUUUGCGACUAAGAAGAUGUGGCUCAUCUUCGUUGCCUACUCACCAACAUCGAGUUAUGAAGAAGAGGAGUUGGAAGCGUUUUUUAUUGAUCUAGAGAGGAUCUACAAAGAAGACCACACUUUCUUCAAGGUCAUCGUCGGUGAUAUUUUCGCCAAGAUUGGCCCCAGAAGAACGGCUGAAGAGCUCUACAUCGGGACUCACGGAAGUGAAAGGAAUGAGCAGGGUGAAAGGCUGUCCGAGUUCAUCAUGUCCCAGACACAGACUGUCCCGACCCACAUCAUCCAUGGUAACUCGCAAUUCCAGAAGCCCUCUCAUUUACGAUGGACAUGGGAGUCACCAGGUGGACAGUUCCAUAAUGAAAUAGACCACAUCAUUUUCAAUCGGAGAUUUUUGACUGACGCCGCUGUUGUUCCGAAGUUUUACAUGGGAUCGGACCAUUGUCUCCUCCGCUCUAGAUUUUGCUUUUCAAUGCGCACAGAGAGCUAUGAAUUUAAGGAAACGAAGUCCCAAGACUUUCAUCAACUGGGACUACUUCGCUUCUCUUGCAAGUAA